GUUUCGUCGCAGACUUGCACCGUCGCGGUCCUCGUCCGUUCGCAUCCGCUGAACUUCGGUUCGUUUCUUGUUUUGCUGCCGCCGUUAAAGUCUGGUACCGCGGUGUUAUGCCCUGGAACUGAGCCGAUACGGGUGUUUUAGUUUUUAUUUUUUUUUCUUCGUCUGCCCCUCGUCUCCGUCUAGAUCAGAAAAACCCGUCGCCGACAUUCGCGCCAUGAUCUCCGCGCUGCAAUUUUUGACGUGCGCCGCCGCGGUUAUUACCGCGGUCGCCGGCAUCGGUAACCUGUACACCGUCAACGAGUGGAGUCUGCUCCGGUACGACGUGCCGUUCAACUACCCCAACGCCGACUCGUACAAGCCCGAAGUCACCGUGUCCACCGGAAUCGAAAUCGGUAAGUGAUGAAUGGUGCGAUGAUGGAUAACUUACUCGAAAUUCGGAAACUCGACGAUUUAUUAUGUAUGUAUGGGGUUUCGGCUGUAGACGAGCGAUAAUAUUGUUCUCAUCGUAUAGGUGGUUCGAAAAUAUAAAAUAACUAUACGCGUGGGAGGGGGGGCGAGAAACGGGGUUUACGCUGCCCGUUAUGUACACGAAAAGUAUGCAAUUACGAGCGACUUUUCUGUUUCUGCAUUAUGUUAUGGUCGUUGUCGAAACAGUAACUCGUGUCUCCAAAUAAUUAUUAUUCCAAGAGUCGCGCGGUAAACUAUAAUUAUAAAAUUAAAUUUCAGUAAUAGUUUAUGCCGAACAUUUAUGCGGCCCGAUGUAUUUCGACAAUAAUAAUAUAGUAAUUACAAAUUAUGAACAAUUAUUUAAUUUCUCAAUGUUUACAUUAUCCUUUACGUGAUUAUGUAGAUUAUGUGCAUUUUAAAAUAGUCUUAAUUCAUUGUGGUUUUUCCACCAAGUCCUGAGUCACGCGUCUUUUUUUCUGUAAAAUGUUAACAUUAAUUUAAUAAAUAUAGAAUUAUUUAUGAAACAAUCAACAAAUUGGUUUCAAAUUAGUUUGUAAAUAAACUCGAGGUCAUUAAACGAUAAUUUCACCAUUGGUUUUUACUAACUUCAUACAUGGUCUCAGUGAUUUUAUUAAAAUUAACUACUCAAUUGAAAUUCAAGUUAACUAAAAAUACAACCGACUUAAAUUUGAAGAAAAAAAAAAAAAAAAGUCGAAUAAAAUAAAAUUUGAACUCAAUUCAGAUAACAUUCGUACGUUUUGAACUUCGAACCGUGGUCUUUACAUAAUUUAUAUUGUUAAAUGUAAAUUGUAAAUUUUAUUACUCUUUUUUGGUGUUUCCGGAUACACGAGGUACCGUUUUGACAGAAAUCCGACCUUAUUAUGUCGAUACGUACGGACAAAGUCGUACGACGCGUGUGUUUUUCCCGUUUGUAAUAUUUCCGUAUAGGUGUAUCGCGUCUCUGCCGAUUAAUUUACGUAAUUGGCGUUCAAGUCUCCGUAUCGUAUUGUUGUUAGUUGCGAGUCGGUAUACCUGUACCGGCGCUCUGUAUAAUAUAAAUAACUGAAUGCCGCCGAUUAUGAUAUCCGACAUAGGAGGCGUAGCUAGAACCGAAUUUUUGAGGAGUCUACAGUCCUCCUACAGAAAAACUGAAUCGAAACAAAAUUACGAGGGCCACGCAGCCAGUACACUAGCAUCGUUAAACUGUACAUUUUUGCUCUAAAAUAACUAUUUAAUGUAAUUUAUAACACAAGUCGACGAGAAAUAAAAUAAACAAGUUUAUUUUUCUUUCACUUUUAGAAAAUGUAUUUAAAAUAGUAUGUACAAUAUGUUACCAUCACGGUCAGGUGCGUGGUUACGAUAUACAGAGUGUUCAAUCUAUCGCAAGACACACAUUGUCUCGGAAAGUAUUUGCUUUUUUUCGGGAUUCGUUUUGUAGAACACGUUUUUAAGAAACCAGCAGCUCUACGAUUUUACAUUUAUGUUAUAUUUUGUCGACCUUAUUUUCGGGGGGUAAAAACACUCCCUAAUUUUGAUUAUCGAACAACAACCCAUAUUAAAAAUUUCAUAAAUAGAUAGAGUAUUAGUCAAAACAAAUGUCCAUCAUUAACAUUUUCGAUUUCCGUCAAUCCAUUGACGAGAUAUUUCAAUUUUAAGUUUUGGUCGGGGGGGGGGGAAUAGUAGAGCAUUAUUGAAAUGUCGCGCCGCCCCGCACCAAUGAUAAUACACCACACUCCUACGACCCAAACUCAAAAGCGGAAUAUCUUUUCAACGGAUUGAUGGAAAUCAAAAAUGUCAAUACGAACCUAUAUUUAAACCAAUACUCCGUCUAUUAAUAAAAUCAUUAAUAUAGGUUGCCGACGAAAAUUAAAAGUAGGUAGUGGUUUUACGCCGAGACAUAAGAGUGUAAAAAAAAAAAAAGAUAAACGUAAAACUGUAGUUAUUUGUGCCUUAAAUGUUCUAAAAAAAAAAAAAAAAUUCCGAAAAAAGUUAAUACUUUCCGAGAUAAUAGACGUCUUACGAUGCAUAGAUCAUCCUGUAUAUAAUAGGUAGGUAUACCGACAAGAUACUAUCGUAAAUGGCACCGUGAAAGACCGUGAAUGGCGGUAUUGGCACUAAGCCAUAAAUAAUAGAAAUAUCCACCUGUGUAUCAGACAAACAUUACGCGCCACUGGAUGUGGUAUAUCAACGUAAUAUUUGUCUAGUUAUUUCAACAAAUUUCUCUCAAAUUUUUAAUAUUAGCAGAUAUCCUAUAGGGCAAUAGGGAAUUAUUGAUUUUUUCUUCGAAUAAUUUUGAGGGGGCUUAGCACCUCCGGCCGGAUCAAGGAGCACGUAAUACGGAUUGAGUUGACUCGACAUGUCUUACGCGGCGCAUUUGAAAGGUGCAUUUUAAUAACGGUUUAAGUCGCCGUAGUACGCGACACGACUACGAACGCACGGAAAACUGAAAAAUCACGAAUUGUGUUCUAAAACGCACGUCUCGAGGUUGCGCGUUCAAUAUCGGACAAAAUUCGCGACUGACCGUGUGCCGAGCGUAAAACGGCGUUUUUUUCUCCAGACAUCCCGCUGUUUGCCGGCGCCUUUCCAGCGAACUACAACCGUACGUUUGUAGGCCUGCCCCGCCGUUCAGUUACGCCGAAACCGACGGCGUGCGCUUAUGCUGCCAUCACCCCCCCACCGCUCGAACGGCCGUAAACCGAAAUCACUAGCGAGUGAACCGGCGAGUUAUCAAAUCUCGCGCGGUUUCCGGUAAAAGUUUUACGGUAGGCCCGCGUAACGGACAAGUGUAUUCUUUCCUUACCGGCGUCGUCGGGCGAAUAAUACGCGCGAAUGAAAAACGACAACGCGCAUUAUUCACCGUCGUGCGCAACACGUGUGCAAUAACCCACGCGGUGUACGCGCGGAUAUUUUAAACUUUCCGCGGCAUUUCCACGCGUUUCGUAACGGGUACCGUGCCGCUCGGCUCGGGUCAGACGGAUAACGACGACAAUAACGCCGCGAACGUACGAACGGUUUACAACGAUUACAUUAUAUACAUAUUUCUCGGUUUUUUUUUUUUUUUGUCCGCGGGCGGGAAAGACUUUCGGCUGCAGUAUACGCGACAUUGACCUUAAAGUUCAGCGCGUGUACGUAAUGUUGCGCUAUGUGCGUGCUGUACGCAACCGAACCGCGUCCGAACGGGAAUUUAACGCAGAUGUCGAGGUUACCUACAUGAGCAUGUUUUAUUUUUUUUUUUAUUUAAGGGUUUUAGAAAUAGAUUUUACGCGAGCGGGAAAACCCCGCGUGUCGACAUUAACAAUUGUAACGGCACGCGCUAAGGCGAAUCGUCGCGAUUCGAGGAUUUCCUGCGCCAAGCGCAAAAGUAAUUGAGAUUUUUUACGCGGCGGCUUCAGUGCUGUGGGCACGGCCGAAAAUGUCACGGUUAUCAAAACAAAUGCGUUACCGUUCGUAAUAUGUUGUACGGGGCGUUUUCAUAUCCAUUACAAUAUCUCCGGAAAUAAUAAGGAUAACCGAAUUACGUUAUUUGUUUUGUUUCUGUUCACGGCGAUAAGGACUACAAAUAUUUAUACUUCAAUUAGUUUUCUACGUUUUAGUAUAAACGCUGAAAGACAAAUCGCUUUUUACUUUGUUAUUUUCGAAAAAUAUGAAGAUAGCCCCAUUGUAUAGAGUUUAUUCGCCUGACAUUUUUGAACUUGUUAACUUUUUAUUUUCAUUGAAUUCGUGAUUUUUAUUAAUUUUUAAAAUUUAGAGAAAAAAAUGUACUGUCAAUUAGCCAUAAUAAUAAUAACGAGCAAUGAGCGAAUUCUCUGAACUUUAAAAAAUAUAUAUAAAAAUCGCGAAUUUAAUGAACAGUGGAAACAUCAAAAUUGGCGGUCGAAUAAACUCUGUAAAACGGCCGUCUUCAAAUUACUUCCGAAAAUAUUACAGUGAGCAUACGCCUUAGGUGAGACACCGUGUACAGUCUUUCGUUAAUGUCGGAAAGCUGUUUGUUUUUAUUUUAACCCUCGUUAAUACUUGUGAAACGUUAACGUUGUUAAAAAAAAAACAAAAACCACAUUAGGUACCCCGCGACUCUACUGAACCCUACAAUCGAGAUCGGAUAUAUUCCGCGUAAAAAGCUCACUCGUUUGCCAUUUAUCGCAUCGCGUUAUAACGUCGUAAACAUUCCGAAAACGGGGACAACUCACGGAGGGGUGUCCCGCGAUGAUUCCGAUAUUAUAACGGGCCAUUAACGUUUAUAGGCCCGACACUCCGGCAUUUCGUUUGUUUAAUUGAUAACAGUAGUAAACAUUAACAAUAACACCGGCCCGCGUAUAACAACCGAUAUCGAUAAGGUCUUGGGGGGGGGGGGGGUGGUUUUUCUUUCCGUCUCGCUCUGUUAUCCGAUUCGAUCGAAUUGAUAAUAAUACGGAUUACGGACGGCCGUUCGUUUGCGGCUUCGCGGCCGUCCCUCCAGCCGACGCGGCUCGGUCGCGCGGCCGCGUUUUCCUAUACGCACGCGGCCCGACGGCCCGACGGCCGUUCGCGAUUCGUCUCGCGCGGAUAUCCACGACGCCUGCGUGCACCUGCGACACAAACCGUCCGGUCCUUUUGCCGCGCAUACGUGGACGCCGAACGCUUUUCGCCGAGUUCCGCCCGUUCGUCUCGGCGCGGGAUCUCCGACCGUUUCGCGGUGUUAAAAACGCGCGGUCGAUUUCCGUAAAUCGGUCGACGGUCGUCGGGCGCGAUCCGACGGCACUGGCUGGCCCGCGAUUGCGGUCCGGCGGAUUUCGCCCGGACACCCACCGAUAUCCGCCGCGUCGGCGUUUUCUCGCCGGCCGGUGGCCACGUCGCGACGCCGUUGUUCGGCCCGUGCGAUCGUGCCGUUUACCGCGGGUCCGCGCGUCAAUUGCUCGUACGGUUUUACUCGUUGCGCGCGUCGCGGAUACGUCCGACAGGGCGCGCGUCACGCCCGCCGGUAUUCGGGUUUGAAAAAAACGCGCGUCGGUUGCGCGCAACGCACGCGCUUGCACAAAGUGCGCGGCCGUUUCCGCUGUGCCGCACAAACAAUUUAACGAAUACGGUAUUUUGACGUUUCGACCGGUCGGUUCGAGUGCAGUUCGUCGCGUGUCGUCCGCGUCCCGGCAGAUCCCGGAGAGCCGACUCGGACCCGUCGCUUUUGCGCUUAUCGCGGGCGACGUGCGACGUAUCGACUGUCCGACGACACCGGGAUAUACGUUUUAAAUGUUCCGAGCGGAACGAGGGUGCUAUCUAGUUUUGCAACGUUUCGACGCCGUAGUACGUUUUUAUCGGGACAGUGGACAGUGUAAACGCGUGUUCACCAGCAAUGAUUGAAUACAGAAUAACGCCGUGGUACCGUACGGGGCGGUCUUUUUCGACGUUUUACCGCCCUCUGCGUUCCUAGUAAGACGUCGGAAAACGGUAAAAAGCAAAAUAUGCGCUGCACGCGUGAAGAAUAACAAUUUACUAAAAUCAUUAUCAUAAGUAGGUAGGCGUAUCGUGUUAAUAUUUUUAAUUAGGCGCCUAUUCGCAGUUCCGCGUACCUAAAUAGAAAGUUAUUAUUUAUUACUAUUCUCGUUUUGAAAUGGUAUUUAUUCGUUAAAACAAUGCAAAUAAUAGAAAACGUGUUAUUUUACAAAAACAAUAAUACGCUAUGGGUAGACGGUAGAAUAAUAUAUUUAAAGAAAUCAAUACAAAUAUCGCCGAAACUAAUCUUUUUCGACCUAACCAAAGACACAACAAAUUGACGUUAAAGUAUUUAGCGUUUGUUGAAAAUUGAGUUUCUGUUAGAAAUGCACCGCGGCUUGAAAACAUUACUAUUGUUAGCGUAAUGUAAAAAUAAGGUUUAAAAUUUUAACUUUGCGCCGACGUGUACGCUAGAUGGCGCUACCAGUUCGGCCGCGGCUGUACAAAUAUUGCACGCGAUUAUCGUAAUACGGAGACGACUGAUCGAAUUUACCUAAGAUUUUAUAGGUAAUUAUCGCAAGAUAACCACGGACUGGCCAGUGAUGUCGCUUGGGGAAGAGCAGCGGAGGCGUUUGCUCUCCCCCUUUUCAUCGUCGGGCCGCUUUUGGGCCGGGUAUGGGUUGGUAUCGGGAUAGUUUUGGGCCGCAAACAUGAUUCUUGCCAUUAUGUUUUAUGAUUUAUGUUGCAAACGGCCACUCUGAACUACCGUUAUUUAAUGUUUGUUCGUGAUAAUAAUUGUGUAAAAUGAUUUUUUUACUGUAAUUUUUGUUAACAUCGAUUGCACUUCAGUUCAAAUUAUCGGGCUCUCACGAAAGCCAAUGUAAAUUUUUGGACCGUGUCCGUUCCGAUUUAAUCUAUUUUAUGAUUAUACUAAUGUUCAUGGUUAGUGCCAGCGCUAGGUUUUGGGGGACCCUGGACAAUGCUUUAAUAUGACUAAUAAUUAUAUACCUACAUAAUAAUAUACCGCGGGGCCUAUUAAAACCAAAACAAGCGCAGAGUCCUGGACUUAUGUCCAGUUUGUCCUCCCCUAGCGCCAGCGCUGUUCAUGGUUAUAUUUUUUGUAAACGCAUGACGUACACCCCAUACACAUUGGCACGAAUAAGACAUAAAUCGGGGGGUAAAAUUCCCCUCAUACUAAGUCUUUAUAUAAUACCUGAUAGGUAAUCCCUCUACACAUUAUAUAUUGAUUAUUUAGUCAUUGUUCUAAAAAAAAAAAAAAAAAACAAUGAGUUGUUCAUGAUUAUGACAGUAAGUAUAAAAUAAGGUAAUAAGGAUAUUUGUGUUGAAACAAAAAAUGUAAUUGUAACGAAUAAGUUAGCGGACGGUUUUUUUUUCCGUACCAGUUUUAUUAUGGGCCGGUCGAAACUUUUGCCCUUCUCAAAAACUGAAAUCACGCCACCGGGACCGGGCCGGUUUAGAUAAUUUGUCCAUAAUAUCGCGUAUUUGUUCUAUUAUAAUGACUUUCUGAAUAGGUAUUAGGCACGAUAAAUUACAACAUGCGGACAACGUGAUGGACCUGCUCCCCAUCAACAAUUGCAAUUCGUAUUUGCACCGUCCUUUGAUUUUGUUGUCCAUAAUAUUAUUACGGUCCGUCGUCGUCUAAUAGACCGCGCAUUAUGUUCUGAUUAAGAGCAAUUAUUAUUGAAUUACAAAACUUCUAAUAGAAAUACAAUGCGCUAGACUAUACGCGCUAUAUAUGAUAGUAUCGUAUGAGUCGAUGAAUUUUACAAUUCGUCGUAAAAGUGGACUACUAAUAGGCUACUGUUUAGAUGCUUUUAACAAUGUCCAGAAUAAUUGUGUCAACGCAUUCUAAUAGAAUUUAUGCUACGGAGGGUGGAAAAAAGACGAAAACAAACAAAGCGGUUUACAUAAUUCGAUUUUCAAUUAUAAAUCUGACACGUUCAUCAAAAACAGUGAUCCGAAGUGAUCAGUGAACAAAAACAAUAUCGCGUACUCCGGUGUGUGUAUUACGCCGAAACGUGUAUUCUGUGUAUUCAAUUUUUAAGACCCGUUCGAAACGGACCGAAUAUGUUAACAGUUUGAUGAUUUUACCAGGUUGGGACAGGAUAUUCAUUAUGACCCCGAGGCUGUUCAACGGCAAUCCGGCCACUUUGGCGUGGAUACCGCGUAACCGCGCGGGCGUGCAGUUCGACACGCACAAAUCGCCACUGUUGCAGGUAUGAACCGCGCCGUUUCGGUAUUAUUGUUUAUUUACGAACCCGACAAUGUGUCCGAUAGAUAUUGUAACGGCCCAAACGCGUUUUUAUGCAUUAGGCUUAUCCGAACUGGGAAUGGCACAGCGAAGCGUCUAGCGGCGAUCUGGUGACGUCGCCGAAACCCAACUGUUCCAGCCUUGUGUCCGUGUUCAGGGUCAGGGCGGACAGGUGCAACAGGCUGUGGGUGCUGGACAGCGGCGUUAUGGACAGUGUCGAGACGUUCAACACGAUCUGCCCGCCCAAAUUGUUGGUGUUCGACAUGAGAACCGACAGAUUGGUAAGUGCGGAGAACGGAGAGGAGACCGGUGGCGUAGUUGAGCGGCGGCGACGGCCGUUCGUCGCCUCCUCCUCCCCCCACCCCCGUUGACAUAUUCCAGCGGUCUUGUUUCGACCGCGGCUACAGCAUACGGGUAAUAAAAUACAACGGUAUUUACACCGGUGAUGUAUCACGACAUUUUGUAAACCGCCCUUCCCUCGGUUGAGCUCCGGCUACGCCACUGGAGGUAAUGGAAGCGAAAAAGCGGACAGCGUCAUAUACGACGGGGUAGUCAUUCGUUGCGCGAUCAGUGGUACGCCUGUUAAAAUCGGUCACGUUACGGUUUUCAGUUGAGAAGCGUGACGCUGCCGCCCGAAAUCCUCAGGUCUAACACGCUGCUGACCAAUCUGGUGAUCGAUGACCAGACGGACGUUUCCCAUCUGCAAGACGGUUUCCUGGGCGAUUGCGACAACGUGUUCGUGUACAUGUCCGACAGCACGAACCCCGCAAUCGUGGUAUACGACGCUCGGAGAGACACGGCUUGGAGGCUUUCACACCCUUUGAUGUUCCCCGACCCGGACUUCGGAAUCCUAUCGGUAAGUUUCAUUACCGAUACGCUCGUGACGUAAUAUCCGUUCCGUUCUAUUCAUAGGUGGCCGGCGAAUCUUUCACUCUGAUGGACGGAAUCAUCGGCCUGGCUCUGUCGCCCGUCGGCACCGCGGGUCGUCGCCUGUACUUCCAACCGUUCGCCUCGGACCGUCUGUUCUCGAUACCUACGGCCGCCCUCAAGGCGGGUCCCAACUUAGGCGACGACGCUGAUCUGCCCGUGUCGCUGGUAGGCCACAAGUCUUCACAAUGCGCUCCACUGGCCGUCGACCCCAAGGACGGCGCCCUCAUAUUCAGCCCGAUAUCCGAAACGGCACUGGCCAGCUGGAUCCCGGGAUCCGUAGAACACGGGUGAGUAAUCAAUAUAACAAUUUAAUAUUCGUUUGCCUAUAUCAAGGUUUUGUUGUUCGAGUCGACAGUCGUUAGGGACGGGGUUUUUAUGUUCUUUAGUUCGGUUAGGCCUAUAACGAAGAUUUAUUCUACGGCGGAAUUGCCGCGUUAACGUUAAGUCAGUUGUCGGUAUCUCUGCUAAGACCGCUCGUUUUUAUUUCAUUCGUAAAUAGAAUAAUUUCGCAGACUACUAUUAAUAAUAAUACUAAUAAUUUUCAUCGUAUUCUUUAGACCGCUGAAAUGCAAACUAAAUAUUAGUAAACACAUAAUGUUUACCGAUAGUUUAGUGUUUAAGUUUAUCGAUAAUCGCAAAUAAAUUGAAUCAAAUAUUAACGAGAAAAAAUGCUCAAGAUGACCAUAGGUGACUCCGCCCUAUGCCAAAGAUAACUACACCGACCGGACAGUUGUAGUUUUGUGCAAUUUUUAAUGUAGAACUAGUGUACAUUUCGAUUGUAUACUACUGAAAUGAAAAAGUAACACUAUCUGAUUUUAAGUGUAACGCUUUUACGGCGGUGGAAAAAAACGACACCUGCGCGCGUUCAGAUUUCGCUACAAUACCACUUUGGUGGCUUUUACGUGUUGUUACGAAACUCCAAAUUAAAACGUCAAACCAUAUAGCUUUAUAGCCGCAACGUGUAUACGUACAUAUAUAUAUAUAUAUGUUUCAUUGUUACGCCCCAAUAGGUGAGAUUGAGUUCAUGACAUUUUUCGCCUAUUCCACGGGUUGACCCAAAAUUAUUAAUUGUUGUAAAUUAAUUAAAUAAUAACAAUAAAAAGAUUUGAUAAUUAUAAAACUAUUAUUGUUUAUUGUUAUUGCGGUAAAUAAUAAAUUCAAAAAAAAAUAAUUUUUACUUACGUAUUCGGCUCGCGUAAUAUGCAUAAUUACAUAAAAGUACCAUUUUUUUUUUUUACACAACUGCAUCGAUUAUUAUCGCAGCAUAUAAAUAUAUAUACAUAUAUAUACACUAUAAGGUUAUAAUAAUUAUCAUCACCAGUUUCAAAAUAUGCUUUUGGAAUCAACAGUAUACCGAUUGAUACACGAUACAUCGUGUUAUAAAACCCGUUGCUUUUUACUGAUAAGUCUGUUUCGUCAAAUAAAGUUCAGUGUCGAGUUAUAUUUCUAAGACUGCCGAUUGCCAAUGCACGAAAUAGUCAACUUUUUAUCCAUUCCAUGAGUAACUCGCUUGGCAAUUUCACCUAAUCUGUAUACAGGCUUUCUCUGAUAAAAGAUAAAAGAAAUAUUCUGUUAAACUAAAACACGAAUCGCUUACAACGGUGCGCACGAACUUAUACAACUCAAAAUGUUAUGUAAAAUGUCUGCCCUAUUCUCGGUGCUUAGCGUACCGGUAUCUCGGUAGUGUAACCAGCGGCACCAACGCAGCCUACCGUAGAAAUCGGUAAAUAUCACCUUUUAUGAACGGGAGGUAUUCUUCAAAUAAACGUACACUAUUCGUACCUGAGUUUAACUGAAAAGUUAUGUUUUUUUCGAGUCUCAUAAUCAUUAUGGAUGCAUACGAAUUGAGUUGCGAAAAUUCCUUUCGGAACAAUAAAUUGAAUCCCUGGUCGUUUGGGAUGCGUACUUAUUGAGUCCCGAUAGAUGUUAAAAUGUCAAUUGAGUUCCCGUUUUUAUACUAAUUGAGUCCCAUACAGUUUUGUAAAAUUAUGUAUUAUGCGUAUUGGUUAGUGCAUAAUAAAAUAUUGGCUGUUUGCAAUAAUAAAUAAAUAAUUCGAAUGUUGUAGCUAUAAGUGUACAAGAAAAAUGUACUUUGAAAUGUAUGCAAAUUGUUUUAAAUAAUACAUUUAAAAUGUGUGACGGGUGAAAAUCUAAGCGAUAAAAAUUUCCAUUUUUUCUUUUACUUCGUUUUCUUUAUUUAUUAACUGUCUAAUUCCUUUUCAUAUUAUUAUAUGCGCUUCUCAUUUUUUAUUUAAAAAUGCAGAUGCUUAAUAUGUUUCACUCUGCACAGUGAUUAAAAAUAUUUAAUACUGUCUACUCGAAAUCCAAUCAUUGAGUCUAAUUAGAAUUAACUCGGACCCAAUGGCGAUAAGAUUUUUCUAUACCGUGCUUGUCUCGAAUGAAACCGGCAACGCUUUUCCCAAGCGUGGACUCAUUUGUUGGUAUGUUUUUAGUUUAUACCGGGGACUUGGUUAGUAGGCGCAGGGAACACAAUUGGUGUGCACCGCUGUUAUAUACCGACCGCUUUUAGCGUUUGACUUUGACAAUAUUUUCAAUGUUAUUACCUGUACUGUUAUGUUUCCAGUGUUCUCGCAUACAGUCCGGAGGAACUGCAAUUUGUGUUAGACAUCAGGUCGGCGGACCGUGACCAGGGAGCCAUCUGGGUGGUGUCGACGAGACUGCAGAAAUACUUCAGGAAAACUCUGGACAAGAGAGAAGUGAACAUCAGGAUCAUGAGGCUACAGAGGGUACCGGAUUUUCUGCCGUACGCAUUCAACAACAAUAAUUCGCUGCUGUUAUUCAAAUGAUCGACUGUAAUUGUUGCAGCGAGAUGCACAUAGGAUACACCACGAUGACGAUAAUUUAUUUUUCAACAAUUUUAUAUAAAUUAAAUAUCAUUAUGUAUAAUAACUUUAAAAACGAGUACACGCAACACGUACCUGUUCAAUUAACAACCGAUGCCAUUAUUUUACUUAGGAGGACUACUUACGUAUAAUUCGUGUGGCUGCGUACGUAAAUAUCUGUAAAAUUAUUAUACGUACAUAAUAAAUUGUGUAAAUACUAAUGUAUCAAUAAAAUUAUUAUUACUAAACUAGUUCCGUGGCAGCAUACCUUCCGAAAUUUUCGUAUACGCUAUUACGUUUUGAAUUAUAUUUUAAGGGGGUUUUUUUUUUUUUGUUUAUUUCGUUUUUAUUAAUCCGAACAGAGCAGACGUAUUUUUAUAUUCACUGUGAAAUCGAAUGUCGGUUGUAAAUUUCCUAGACCGCGCUAGCGUCUAGAAAAUUUUUAAAUGUAUCGAAAAAGGAUCGUCUCGGUUCUUUUAGCAACAACAUUAUUAUAAUUGAUUCUACUUUUAUAACGAAAAAAAUUCAAAACUAUAUUGUAACACAACGUCAUUAUUUAUUCACGUGUAUACCUCCUAAUGGAUUUUGAUCAAAAUUGUAUUAUGUAAUGUAAAAUACUAAUAACAUUUGAAUUUUGCUGUUAGUUUUGCUGUUAUAUUAUAAUCUGCAAAUUCAAUAAUAUGUUUUCGGUUAUACGUUAUUAUCACCAUAUCAUAUCAUCAUUGUUAUUAUUAGUAGUAUUAUUAUCGUUGUAAAAUAGAAAUUUUUCUGUAAUAUAUUAUUUUAUUCAAUGUAAGGUAUUGUCGUCGAUAGUGUAUUUGAAAAUAUUUUGAUAAAUUCUCGCGGUAUCAGUCUACGUGCAUUACAUGCUUACCCGAGUGAACUGUCAUUUUGUAUUGUCUAUUGUUUAAAACACGGAACGCGGACGCGUUACACGGUCGGCAGAACGCAGAACGCAGAAACUUUGUGCUAUUUUACAUUUAUUAUACAGGUAUCCGGUAUGAAAAAAUAUUAAAUAAUGCAUUAUGCCAUGCC